AGAAUGGUUACACACAGCGCACAGAGCCAGCCUGCAGCAUCCUCAUACACACAGGGAGAGAGACCAGAGGGGGGCUGCCUACCAUUAGCACUUGUAUAGGAGCCCUUCAUCUAUGCAUCUGAGAAACAUGGAGCCCUCCUGCCAGGACUCUUUUUAUCCCAAAUUUCAGAAGGAUGGUGACCUGAAGGAGGAGGGGGACCCAGCACUGGGGUCACCGGGAGAGCAGCCAAGAGCAGCCUCCCAGGCCAGGGAGGACCCAGGGGUGCACAUCGAUGAAGGAGCAUUUGGAAGCCCAUCCAAUGAAGAGAAUCCUGACUACUUCUUCCUGAGCAGUCAGCCCUCCCCGCCCCUCCCUCUGAACUACUCCGGGAGUUUCUUCAUCGAGACAGGACCGGAGAACUCCAAUGAACAGGAGGCGCUCUUUAAUCUGAUGUCUGGCAUCCUGGGUCUCUCGCCUUUCUCUGCACCCCACAAGGUCCAUCGGCAGGAGACACUCUAUACCAUUCCUGAGGCCCUACAGAACCACAUGGACCUUUACUCUCAGCCCAACCUCAACAUUUCUGUCCAGCAAGGAUACCCUAGCCAGCUGUAUUCUGCCUUCAGUAGUACAGAGGACCUCCAUCAGGUGCCCAGCUCCCCCAACCUGGGCAAUUCCUGCACCAACCAAUGUUUCUUUGAGUCUAAAAAUAUGCCAAGCAAGCACGAAAUGGACUUAUCUCCCAUCUCCCCCUCCUUGGAUUCAUUUAAUGCCCAAUGGGAGCCCCAGACGUCUCAGAACUUUACUGUAACUUCUUACCCCUUGGAGGGAUUUUUGCCCUCUGAAAGCUCCCCGACUGUGUUUCACCCACUUGAGUCUAAGGUGGAGAAUAUGAUGUCUGCCUGCUGCCAGCCUCACAUGAAUGGUGUGAUGGAGGAGUCGGUUAUGUACAACACUAUGGACUUCUCCUGCCAGUCAGAGGCAUUCCAGACCUCCCCCUGUGACUUUGCUGAGACCAAGAUUGACUUAAAAUCUCAGAUUCUACUUGAUGCCAAGUACCAGCUGAGCCAGCAGAUGCAAGGGCUGCUUAACACAGAGGAGACCCUUCAAUCUUCCCCAGCUAUCUCCACGGAUUUUCUAGGUCUUUCGCCGACAGCUGACACCAUCCCCCAACCCAGUUCUGGCAACUCCCUGACUGAGCCCAGGAGGAAGUACCGCCGAAAUAAGUUUCCAGCAAAGUGCUUUCGCCCCAAACCCCACGAGAAGGCUUUUGCCUGCCCGGUGGAGAACUGUAUCCGGAGCUUUGCCCGCUCGGAUGAGCUCAAUAGGCACUUGAGAAUCCAUACCGGACAUAAGCCCUUCCAGUGCCGAAUCUGUCUGAGGAACUUCAGCCGCAGUGACCACUUGACCACCCACAUCAGGACCCACACCGGGGAGAAACCUUUCUCUUGUGACCUCUGCGGCAGGAGGUUCGCCAGGAGUGACGAAAAGAAGCGUCACGGCAAGGUGCACUUGAAGCAGAAGGCCAGGACUGAGGAGAAGCUCAAGGGCCUUGGCUUUUAUUCCAUGGGCUUGUCCUACCCCACCCUGUGAGGCAAACAAAGACUUGAUUUGGUCUGAGCUCACCUUUCACCUUGGAGAUGUUGCCUCCAACCGGUCUGUCAGCUAGUCCCAGUUCUCUUCUGGAUGACCUGGCCUGAUUUGUAGCUCGACGGUCACCUGCAUGGCUCAGUAUUCUGUUAUCUUUACAGCGUGAUAUAUACAUAACUGUAAAACCCAAUGUAUACUUAUCAUCUAAGCACUGUUUUAGUAGCUGUUACUUUGGCUAUAUGGCCAGCCGAGUUCCGGAGCUUACUCCAGCACCACAGAGGCGGACAGCUCC